UGCAGAUUUUCUUUAAGAAAAAAAAAAGAUAAUUGGCAAUUAAAUUGAAAUCGAAGGAAGAAUGGAAAGGAAAUAAAUGAGAGAGAAGGGUACAUAUAUGGUUAUUAAAAAUAAAUCUGCAGAAUCUUAUUUGAUUUCGUUAUUUAGGUUUGAUAUAAUUAAAAUGAAUUAUAAGGACAUUGAUUAUGUAUUUAUGUAUGGUGUGUUGUACCUAAAUUGAAUUACGCAUCUCCUCAAGAUCGUUUAUUUCCGUAAUUAACUCCAUCUCCUAAUUUCAUUUCCCUCUACCCUAUAUAUUUAUUCAAGGACUAUAACAUAAUAAACAUAUCAUAUUUCUCCAUUAAAACAUAUCAACACCUUACAACUUUCUCAUUAUGCUCACUCUCCAUGUCUUGAUCGAGAUUCUAUUGAAGCUUCCUCCACUUUCUCUAUUUCGAUUAAAAUUUGUGAGCAAAUCGUGGAAUGCUUUAAUCAACGAUCCUACAUUUAUAUCAAAACAUCUCUCACUUUCUCUUCAACAAAAACACAUUAUUCUCCAAGGUCGUCUCGUGAGAACCAACUCUAAACAAUUUGUACAUUCCAUCCUCAAAUUCCCCCUCCAUCGCUCUUUGACCUCUAUUCAAGACGUCCAUUUUGCAUUUGACGAGGAUCGAUCUGUGUCUCUUCACGAUGUCAAUUUUUCUGAUGAUUCUGCUUAUUUAUAUAUGAUCAACCAUUCUCAUGGCUUAGUUUGUCUACGUGGGUCUGAUGACGAUAUUUUUCUUUGUAAUAUCGCAACUAGACAACUCCGUAAACUUCCACCCUCAAUUAUUUACCAAGAUGAAAUGGAAAAUCAACCUGAGGAUAUAUAUGUGGCAAAGUAUUUGAAUUCUGGUACCCAGGGAUUUUGUUACGAUGCAAAAUCUAAGGAUUUUAAAGUGGUUAGAGUUCUUCAUUUUUUAAUAGAAGAUUGUUAUUCUUAUGUUCCUCCGAGGGUGGAAAUCUACGAUUUAAGCAAAGAUAGAUGGAGAGAAAUUGAUGGUUCUUGUGGUGCAAUUAUACAUUGGCAUUCUUUGUUUGACAUGUAUCACGAAGGAAAAUUUUACUGGUGGGCUAAUAAUUUUAAGUAUAAUUUUGAAGACCCAACUAAAUACAUGCCUCAAAUAAUACAAACAUUUGACAUUAGUGAAGAGGUUUUUGGUCAAAUUUGGUAUCCAGAGGCUCUAAGAAGGAAGGUGAAGUAUAGCCGUCAAAGUUUAGGAAUUUUGAAUGGAUCUAUUGUUCUAUUUGACUAUAUUCAUUCUGGGCAGAAUGAUAAAAUGUUUGACAUUUGGAAGAUGGAAAAGGAUGAAUUUGGUGCUAUUUUAUGGCUAAAGCUAUUCACAGUCGGUCCUAUUUCUAAAGUUGAGUAUCCAUUGUUGUUUGUGAGCUCUAAUGAACUUUUAAUGGAAUGUAAGGAAGGAGAGCUGAUUUUGUACGAUAUCAAAACUGGAGAGUACAAAGAGCUUCCAAUAAAAGGGUAUCAAGAAUUGAAAGGCAGAAAUAAUAUGAAAGCUACUUUUUAUGUUAAGAGUUUGUUGUCAGUAGAAGGGGGAAAUGUUAUAAACUAUGAAUUUUAGAAUUUUUUAUUUUUGUUUUGUAAACAAGUUAAUU